AUGGCUACAUCUUCUAGAAGGUCGAACUCGUCGACGGCUCUCCGGCGGUCCGGUCCUCUGUACAUCUCUACGGCCUCAGAUCCAUCGCCGUUCACGUCGUCAUCGACCCCCACGUUUGCUUCCUCAACCAGCUACUACUCCACUACCUCCCCCUCGGCCGGUUUCUUCAACCACCACCGCUCGGCGUCUCCCACGCGCGUCAGCCUCCACGCGUUGUCCCCGCCACCGCCCACGACCCGGCUCAACAUGAGGAGGUCGGCGAUGACGAGUUCUCUGGUGCGGAUCGGCACGGUAGAGGGAGAUCUGGUGAAGCGAGCUCUGGCGGCCCUGAUCCGCCCCUCCUCUCACCAGCAGCGCCGCCGGGAGGACUUCCGCCCCCGUCCGAGCCGACUUUCGGCCAUGUCCAAGGCCGACGAACUCUAA